CUUCGACUCAGUCAUUGACAACUCCAAAACCAAAACAUGGCCGCUGCUAAACCCUUCGCCAUCGUCGCCGGCGUCGGCCCUGGAACGGGCGCCUCCAUUGCCCGCCGCUUUGCCAAAGCCUACUCCGUCGUCGUGCUCGCCCGCAACCCGGCCAACUACGAGUCCGUCGUCGAGGAGAUCAACUCCGCCGGCGGCCAAGCCACGGGCUUCAGCGCCGACCUCUCCGACACCCAGAACGUCAAAUCCACCUUCGAGCAGAUUACCAAGCAGUUCACCGGCUCCCCGCUCGCCGCGGCUGUGUUUAAUGUCGGCGGCGGAUUCGUGCGCAAGCCGUUCCUCGAACUGACGGCCGAAGAGUUCUCGUCCGGGUUUGAAUCGCAGGGCAAAGGAGCCUUCAACUUCGCCAAGGAGACCCUCCCCCUGCUCCUCCAAGCCACGAACCUUCAACACCCGCCGACCCUCAUCUUCACGGGAGCGACAGCCAGUGUGAAGGGCUCGGCGAACUUUUCCACCUUCGCGGCGGGCAAGUUCGCCCUGCGUGCGCUGGCGCAGUCGCUGGCCCGCGAGUUCGGGCCCAAGGGCGUGCACGUCUCGCAUGUGAUUGUCGAUGGGGUGAUUGACAUCCCGCGCACGAAGGCAUGGACGUUCGAGCAUGAGGACGCGAAGUUGGAUCCCGAGGCUGUAAGUGGUGAUUUCUGUUAUAGCUUGACGAAUCUGGGCAGCUGAUGGCUAACGUUUGACUGUUGGGACAGAUCGCCGAGUCAUAUUGGCACUUACAUACUCAGCCACGCACGACUUUUGGGUUUGAGCUGGAUCUCCGACCCUAUGUUGAGAAGUGGUAGGACUGAGGCUUUGCUUGCAAGCUAGGACGGAAAGUCGCUCGUUUGUCUGGGGAGGUUGACCGGAUCAAUCAGUGUAGUCUGCAUGGGUUGGCCGAGGUGCCUAGUUUCAGUACUUCAUUAAUGGUACCUAGUAUAGUAGGGGACAAUGUUUGAAGUCAGCAUGUUAAUCAAUCGAACCAAUGUCAAAUAAAGCAUGUUGUACAUACUAGCUCUGAGUCCUUCGAGCAAGCUGCGUAGGCUCUCCAUGCCAGGAUGUACAUCCAUGGAGAGACGCUCCGCGCCUGCCUUCGGAGAUCUUGUCCGGAUGUAUACAACAUGUCCAUCACAAUCUCACAAUCUCAAUCCCCAAGGCCACAUAACAAC